AUGUCAAUAGGAGAUGAAAAUGUUUCAUGGAAACGUAUUGAACAACAAUUGGCAGGUGAUGAAGCAGAAGAGUCAUCAUUACCUUCUUUGCCACAGUCAUCGACUUCUCCUCCAGACUUGAAAAGCAAACUGACUGCUGCAGACAAAAUCACAUUGACUGAGAAGCUCCAAAAUUUCAAAAAGCUUCAUAAAGAUGAUUUCUGGGUCUUAGAUGCCACAAUGCGACAAGCAGAAGUUGAUGAUGUUGAACCAAUUUCUGUAGAAGAAAAGGUUAUGGCGUUUGCGUUGGGAUGCGAGUAUUAUCAUCCUUCCCAAUCUUUGAUCCUAGAUUUGGGGGAUAAAAACUGGAGUUCUGUAUUCAGUGAAGAAGACCUCGACGAAAUACGUGGUGCUGGUGGCGAUUUGCCUUGUGGUGUACCGAAAGAACUUGAACAAUGCUUCAAGAGUCUUAAAGAAUUGAAAACUGGUGCGGAGGUGUUCAAGUAUGCAAGAAGCAUUGAAAUCACCGAUCCUACCAAAGAAACAUUGAAAGUUUUGAUUGAAUCGGACCAGUUGUACCGUUGUUUUGAUUUUUUCGCUACAGUUUUUAAAGGAAGUUCCAUCUUGGCAAAGGGAACCGAAAAAUCAAGUGAAGCCAAUGCCACGUCAGUCAACCAAGAUCGCACAUUAUCAGCUAUAAAGCUGAUAGCAAACCGAAAGAUGGAAAGACGCGUGGAUAUGCUCUUCAACUGUGGUCAUAUCGAGUUUGGUUGCACAGAAAUAGGUGCCACAAAGGACCAAACAAAGGAGAUGCGCGAUAGCUUUCUCAAGAUGCCUAUUGUAUUGCGCGAUAUGUUGUUGUUGGCGACUUUUAGGCCUAACCUGCUGCAUCAAUCCCAUGUGAUUGGAUAUAGUAUUUCAGGUGGCUGCGUCUCCUUAUUGGAUGUCAGUAUUCUUCAAAAGGGUUUUACCACAAUAAUCAGAAGAACCGACCCACUUCAGGAGGUUAACUUUAAAUAUUAUAAUUUACAAGAAUUUAAAUUUUUUAAAAAAAAAUUUAGAUAUAGGAAAAUAUUUUUAUUAAAAAAAUUAAUUUCUC